AUGCUAAUGCCCAGCGUGCGGCGCCUUGUGACGGCGCUGUGUGUGCUGUUGCUGGCCAAAAAAGGCUAUCAGAAGCUCCGUCUGCUCGUCAUGUCUAUUGUGAAGCAUCUCCGUGUACUUACAGCAUCCAGAGCGUCCGAUACGCCGUCUUGGAAGCUCUUGAGCGUCUUUUUAAGCGACUUGAGCACCCAUCGCGUCAAAAAAGUGCUGUUAGUAGGGAACCACUGCAUUGUUCAGCUGCAAAACAGCAUCGAGACGUACAAGGUGUUUGUACCGCGUAAUGGGGAAGGAAACAGCUUCAUUUUGGAUGCACUCACGCGCUCUGGCGUAGAGUUUGGUGCAGUGGCGCCGUCGGGAUCCAAGAGAUUUGUGCCCUUUGCAUUGGCACUCAUGCCUCUGCUCUACUUGGGACUUAGCUAUAAGAUGCUGCGUGGAUUUGUAGGCACGGACGCUGGAGCUGUGGGCAAAGAUGGUGUCAAGAAAGCAAGGAAGCAACACGAGACUCAACGGAUCACGUUCAAUGAUGUGGCAGGAAUUGAUGGAGCCAGGAAGGAGUUGGAGGAAGUGGUCGACUUUUUGCGGCAUCCAGCUCGGUAUCUGGCCAUUGGAGCUAAAGUUCCGAAAGGAGUGCUGCUUUGUGGUCCAUCGGGGACGGGCAAAACGCUGUUGGCUCGAGCUGUGGCUUCAGAGGCAGGUGUUGCAUUUUUGUUUUGCUCCGCGUCGGACUUUGUGGAGAUGCUGGUCGGAAGAGGAGCUGCCCGAGUGCGAGAUCUCUUCACGCAAGCCUCGCAGUUCCCGCAAUGCAUCAUCUUCAUUGACGAAAUCGACGCGCUGGCAAAGGUCCGUGGUGGACUUAACUCGAACGAUGAACGUGAACAAACGUUGAAUCAGUUGUUGACUGAGAUGGACGGAUUCGAAGGAAAUGCCGACGGAAUAAUCCUGAUCGCUGCUACGAAUCGUCCAGAAGUUUUGGAUCCAGCUCUGUGUCGCCCUGGCCGCUUUGACCGCCAUGUCUACGUUGGCCUGCCCGAUACCCAAGGGCGUGAAGAAAUACUAAAGGUGCACUGUCGCAGAGUGCGUCUGGACAAAGAAGUCGACCUAUCUGUCAUCGCGGAGGAAUGUGGUCAUUCUGGUCAGCGCUCAGGAGCUCAGUUGGCAAGUCUGGUCAAUGAGGCUGCAUUGUUGGCAGUGCGUCAUGGUGAGACAAGUAUUAAGCACGUGCACUUCGAACUCGCAAUGAACCGCGCUUUCGAGUCGCAGACGCGCAACAUAUCUGGAUCUUCAUUUGAGGUGACGCUGGAGAACUCCAUGUAG